AUGUUCUUCUGGCUACAAAACGCCGAUGAUCCUGAAAGCGACUUCGAAGUUUACCAGUUUAAAUCAGUUUUAUUUGGUUCAACUAGUUCGCCAUUCAUGUUGAAUGCGGUUAUUAAAACACCCUUCGAAGCACAGUCAUCGCAAAUAGUCAACGAUCUAAAGAACAAUAUUUACAUCAACAACGUAUUGACCGGAACUGAAAAUCAGAAAGAAGCGAUAAAGUACUACCGCGACUCCAAAGAAAUAAUGAAGAACGCCGGUUUUAAUCUACGAUCAUGGGCAACAAACAACACAACACUUCGUAAUUUAUUGAAUAACGACAACUCUGCUGACAAAUCAACGCUAGUCAACGUACUCGGAUUACGAUGGAAUACUUGCCAUGAUACUUUGCACUACUCGGACAAUAUCAGCAAUAAACGUCACCUUGGCAACACUGUAACUAAGCGUGAAAUCGUACGGUACACGUCAAGUAUAUGA